AUGACUGGGCAACCACGUGUUCCAAUCAGCCCUGAGGCUGCUGAGAAUGCCAAAAUAUUCAUUCAGCUUCAAGAUAUGCUUACCAAAGUUGAUGAUGAUAAUAUCGAAGACACUGAAAAUGCAAUCUUAAAUUCAAUUUUUGCGACAAACAGCAAAUUGGUCGCUAUUCUAGUUGAAUCUAUUUUCGUUUCUGCAAAAUAUCAUCCUCCGAAAAUCUAUUUAUAUGCUCAAAUGGUGAGUUUCUUCAUAAAAAAUGCAAAUAAUGAUAAUGCUCUUAAUCUUUUGAAGCCACACUUCAUGCGUUACAUCACCAGAUCCCCUGAUAAUGAUUCUCGUUUCACAGAUAAGCUUCCUCUUUUCUUCUUCCUUGCAUCUGCAUUCAAAUAUGGAGCUAUUCCAUUUUCUGACAUAUCUUCUCACAUCACCAGAUGGUUAAAUGAAAAGACUCUAUCACCGAACCAGUUAUUUAUUCUCUAUUUCCUUUUCUUACCUCAAAUUGAUUCAAUGGAAGGCGAUUUCAACGAGCAAAUACGCAGAAUCGUAUCUGUCAAGAAGUCUGAUGGCAAAAUCCACCCAUUGCUUCUUCCUCUUUAUCCAAUGCUCAACGAUUUACGCGAAAAUGAUUAUAAACUUCAUAAAGAGAUCAUCCAAUACGGCUGUCUUCAAAACAGCCUUGAAUACAUCCUCAAGUUCGAUCACGAAGACGCCCUGAAGCAAUACAUUUCGAUUAAAAAAGCUACAUCUCAAGGAUUUGAUCCAAACAUGAUUAUUUCGGUUUUCCCACUUGAACCAUCCCUUUUCUUACACUCUGGCCCAACAAUAUUACAAUACGCCGCUUUCCAUGGCUCUUUGAAGUGUUUCAAAUUAUUGAUGGAAUCCGGGGCCCAAAUCAACAAGAAAGGCUCUGUAUCGAAGCACCAUACCAUACAUUAUGCGAUCGAUGGUCAGAACUUCGAAAUCUUCAAGAUUGUCAGAGAAUUAGAUGAAUAUACUGAUGCUUGCCUCAGAGUUUGCACACAGUUCAAGAACGAUGCAGUAUUUGAUUAUUUAUACCCUAUCAUUGAACCUUCACCUGAAUUCCCUCACGAAAUCAAGAGAGUUAUGAAACAAUGCGCCAAAUCUAGCAAUUUUAAGGUUCUCGAGUUUUGUUUACAAAAAGGACAUGACUACGAUGCUACAUACAGGAAUGGCCAUAAACUGGCUCAUUUCGCAGCCGAAAUGGGAAAUACAGGAAUUUUAUAUUUCUUGUAUAUCUACAAAGCCAUAGACAUUAACUGUCCAGCGCAAUGGGGCAUGACUCCUCUCCACCUUGGUGCCAAGCUUGGCUACAAUUCCAUUGUAAAUUUCCUACUUUCCAUUGAUGGAAUUGCAGUUAACGCGAGAACGAACAGUGGAUGGACUCCUCUGCAUCUCUCGGCCAUGAAAGGACACAUGGGAAUAUCUACAGCGUUAGUUCAGUUCCCUGGUGUUGAAAAAGAACCAAGAGAUUCAGAAGGAAACACCCCAAUCCACUAUUCUUCGCAGGAAGGAUAUUGCGACAUCACUGGAUUGCUUCUGAAGAACGGUGUGAAUGUAAAUGUCCAGAAUACGAAAGGAAAUACACCUCUUCAUCUUGCAGCAAUGAAAUCACAGGCAGAAAUUGUCGCAUUCCUUCUCAACCAACCUCAGACUGAUGUCAACAUUCAGAAUGAGGAUGGAGACAGAGCGUUUGAAGUCGCAAAUGAUCAGAUCAGGCAAUUGUUCUUGAACAAAUACCCUGAAAUGAAACCAAUCGAGAGAGAAACAGAUAUUAAGAAGAAAUGUCGCAUUUGUUAA